AUGAAGUUCUUUUCGCUCUCGCUCCAAUUGCUCUCCCUUGCGUCCCUGGGCUUCGUAAAGGGCCAGGAACUAUUCCCCCAAGUUGGCUACUCAACCCUCAACGGCGGCACCACCGGCGGCACCGGCGGCACCGUAACCACAGUAUCCACCUCCGCCGCCCUCAUUGCCGCCGUCAAGGGCAACACCAAAAAAAUCGUGCAAUUCUCCGUCCCCAUUACGCUGACCGCGCGGCCCCAAAUCGGCUCAAACACCUCCCUAAUCGGCAUCGGGACCAACGCCAUCCUCACGGGCAAGGGCCUGGACGUGUCCAGCGUCUCAAACGUCAUCAUCCGCAACAUUGCCACGAAGAAGAUUGUGGGCAACGACGGCAUCAGUGUGAAGUCGAGCAAGAAUGUGUGGAUUGAUCACUGUGACUUUUCUAGUGAUGUGUUGAAUGGGUUCGAUUAUUAUGAUGGCUUGGUGGAUGUGACGAGUGGUAGUGAUUAUGUGACGCUGAGUUAUAACUAUUUUCAUGCGCAUUUCAAGGCCUCCCUCGUCGGCGGCAACCCCGACGCAACCGGCGAAACCUACCACAUCACCUACCACCACAACUUCUGGGAGAACCUCUCCACGCGGACCCCCGCACUGCGCUUCAGCUUCGCGCACGUCUACAACAACUACUACAAGGACAUCUUCGCGCAGGCCAUCCACACGCGCUCGGGCGCGCAGGCGCUCAUCGAGUACAACGUCUUCCGCAACGUCACCGAGUGCAUCUCGACGUACGGAAUGGUCAUCCCGCAGGAUAGCCCGAACAGCUCGCCGGACGGCGAUUAUGAGCCGGAUGGGUUUGCGAAUGAGCAGUUUAAUGACUUUGGCGGAUAUCCGAAAAACAUCACGCAGGUGGGGAGUCUGACGAGUGUGCCGUACACGUAUACGGCGACGCCGCUGGACCAGGUUAUGACGGUGGUGGUGAGGGAUGCGGGGUUGGGCAAGAUCUGA